CGCGCUCACAGCUAGGAUAUACAUGACUUUUUGGCAGCGCGAGCUUUCGGUCGGAAGAGGCGCGUUUGAACGAUAAGAACGGAGCCGACAGGGAGACGCUGUGCCUGCGAGGAAAAUAUACAUAUAAAAAAGAGAAAAAUUAAUCCGUCAGCUUGUGCGCACCUAUGACUCGCUCUCCCGCUCGGUCGCCGGCAAUCCUUAAUGCAACGCAGCAGCGGUUUCGUCUUCGAUCGUAGCGCUCGCUCGACAAGUUGCGCGCCGUGUAGAAUGUUUCUCGUAAACAGCCAGUGAUUUUGUCCUUGUACGCGUGUCCUUCGGCUAUUCCUUGUUUCGGCGAUGGGACUGUAAAGGCUGCGAGGGAGAAUGACAGUGACGACGAGCGAACGCCACGACGACUGAUAUCAUUUCGCAGCGAAGAACAUACGAGGCGCUCUUGAGAGAAUCUCAAGAUGUGCGAGGCGAGGACGAACGCAAAAUCGAACUGCGAGUAUAAGAGCGCAACGGGCAGCGAGGGAAGGUCGGCGAAGUGAGGCGGCGGAUCGAACUUUCCGAAAGAGAGGCAGCGGGAGCGGAAGCUGCGAGCGUGGCGAACUGAAAGAAAAAGGAGCGGGCGACGAGCGGGCGACGAGCGGGCGACGGGCGGCCGGGGGAGUGCGAGAGUGAAGAACGAUGACAGAGGCCAGCGGGCCACUCGUUUUUUCGGCCGACGUCUGAUUAAAGUCAAUUCGCAAACGCCUCGAGCACUCGACCGCCAGGUAUACCGAAGGACGUAUGCUCGGGCGCAGCUGGCUCAGCCGCGGGGAACCGAAAGUCGAGCGUCGCUCGUGACUCGUGCGACGCGCGCCACCGAACGCGCACCAGGCGCAGCGGCGAAUCCGUAAGGAGGAAGGCGGCUUGAUAUUCACUUCGCGAGUGCGCUCCUCGUUCGAGCGACUCGCGCGCUGCGUCUCGCGAGUGCGCGACACGGUGAGCGAUAAGCUUGCGCGACAAGUAACAAGUGCGAGUGGAGAGUCGGCCGUCAAGGGUGAUAAGCAGUGGCAAUACGAGUUGACAAGUCUUAGUCCGAAGGGUUUCGGUGGAAUGACGCACGCGGGAGAUGCGGCGCUGUGAAUCGGAGCCAGCAAGGCGAGCCGAUAGCUGUCGUCGUCGUCGUCGUCGUCGUCGCUGCCGCCUCGACAUCUCAGGCUAACAACAACAACAACAACAACAACAAAUAACAAGCAACAAGAACAACGGCCAUGAGCUCCAUCGACUUCGACGAGGUGCUGGUGCACGUUGGCGAGAAGGGCAGAUAUCAGAACAUCAUGUAUUAUCUGCUUUGCAUUCCGGCUACCUUACCCGCCGCCUUUCUCGCCUUCUCUCAGGUGUUCGUGAGCGCGUCACCGGAGCACUGGUGCAGGAUCCCCGAAUUGGACAAUCUGACGGGAAUUCUGGGUCUGGAGGAUCGCAAGGCACUAUCUCUGCCGUACCGCAACAAGUCGGACGGCAAACGCGAGUACUCCAAGUGCCUGAUGUACGACGUGAAUUACACGGCGAUAAUAGAGAAUUGGCUGAGGGCGGGUUACUACGAUAACGGCACGAGCGGCAGUAGUCCUGGUAUAGCUGAUUUCGCCGACACGGGCGGACACUACGAGGACAUCGCCAGGGAUGAUGUGCCCUUGGAUUUCGUCGACGAGUCUUACGGCUCGACGGCCAAUCCCACGUCUUUGCUGCGAUUCCCAAGGAGACUGCCACCGCCGCCGGUCAGCGAUUCCAGUUGGCCUAUCGUUCAGUGCAAAUGGGGUUGGAACUACGACAACAGAGACUACGACAGCACCCUUGUCACCGAGCUAGAUCUCGUAUGCGACAACAGCUGGUGGCCCUCGACGUCGACAACGUUCUUCUUCGUGGGUAGCCUAUUCGGCAAUGUGGUAUUCGGUUGGAUCGCCGACAAAUGGGGCAGAAGGACGUCUUUUUUAGCGAUUAUCUUUUUCGAGGUUAUUUUCUCGAUAGCAACAAGUUUUAGUCCGAAUUACGUCGUUUACACUGCUCUGAGGACCGUGAAUGGUCUUUUUUUUCCUGCCAUUUACCAGAUACCUUUCAUUCUCGCCCUGGAACUAAUGGGUCCAAGGUAUAGGACGUUUGCCGGUAUGGUGAUAUGCAUUUUUUUUGCCACAGCCAUGUCGUUAUUAGCUCUUUUAAGUUACCUGCUAAGGCAUUGGUACAGCCUUUCACUUGCCAUUUCCGUGCCAUUCGUCUUACUAUUUAGUUAUUAUUGGAUUAUUCCGGAAUCUCCGAGAUGGCUACUUAGUAAAAACAGGAUAGACGAAGCGGAAGUGAUAGUACAAACAAUGGCAAGGGUCAAUGGUAAAGCCGUGCCACCAAACUUUCUUCGAACAAUGGAGCUUGAGAUAAUGCGAAGACAAGGAGUGGCGUGCAACGGCACGAAUUCCGGCGAAGUGACUAACGGCGAUCUCGAAGCGGAGAACAGGGUGCAAGGAGCUCUUUCGGCAACGCCGAUGGACAUUUUAAAGAAUCCUAAUAUUCGAAAAAAAUUUUUUAUUCUUGCCUUCGAUUGGGUUGCCAAUGCGGUAGUUUAUAAUGGACUGUCUUACAACACAACUAAUCUCGGCGUUUCGGAUUACCUCGCUUUCUUUAUCGGUGGAGUAGUCGAAAUCCCAUCGUACGUGAUUACGUGGUACGCCAUGGACCGAAUAGGAAGGAGAUGGGUUUUGUGUAUGACUAUGCUUCUCGGUGGAGUAGCUUGUGUGUCCUGCAUGUUCGUCCCCGAAGAUGCUGUAUGGGUGACCGUGUCACUUGCGAUGGUCGGCAAGUUCGGUAUAGCUGCAUCUUUUGCCGUCUUCUACGUUUUCGUAGGCGAGCUAUUGCCAACGGUGCUAAGGUCCCAGGCGAUGGGAAUCGCCUCUUUCAUUGCUGGCAUUGGCUUGCUUACCUUUCCCUACAUCGUCCACUUAGCGGUAUACUGGAGGGUAUUACCUCUCAUAGUGAUGGGCUCCUUGAGUGUUGCUGGAGCCGUCACGUCAAUUUUUUUACCUGAAACUCUCAACAUACACCUGCCACAGACGAUAGAAGAGGGCGAACAGUUUGGCGCUGAUUUCAAACUGUGGUCAUGUCCGACCUUGCCCACCAAGGCAAAGAAGCGGGGCGGUUCAGAACGCAUCCCGCUGAAGCUUUUGAACGGUGGUACAGACAGAGCAUCGGGCACGAGGUCCGGAGAAGCUGUGGAAAAUCAAUCCAGCAGUAAUAGCGGCAGUCAACGGUCGCUCCAACUCCAGACCUGCUUAUCUCGAAGUUCGAGCAGCGAGGACGAGCACUUAAAUCUCACGACGCCGAAAAUCGAGUGUCGUCGAGCUGUUCUUGUUGAGGGCCCGGUUCGCGCGACUCUCUUCGAGCUUCGUGCUGAAAAGUGAAACUGCUGCAAUGUAGACAUUCGAAAGACUUUUAUGUUUACCGAUCGACGAAAGUGUUGUACGGCUGAAUUGUUGAUGGAUCAGUUUUUUUUUUCUACAUAGAUUGUUGACAAUUCGUUCAGUUGCAAAAGUCUGUUAUAUUAUUAAUUUUGUUUUGUCUGGUGAUAGAAUGACUGCGUAUAGAUGUUCGCAAGAGAUCAAUAUGUAUGCAAUUAUUUGUGUAUAAAUACGUGUUCAGUACAUUAGGUAGCUAAAUAGGUGAUGGUUAAACUUAUGUACAGAUACCCAUGAUCAUUUGUCUCCAUAAAAAGAGCGAAUUAAAAGACAAAAAACGAAUUAAAAAGUAUGACCAUAUAGAACCUUCUCGGAAACGAUAAAAUAACAUAUUUUUUUAUCAAACUACGUGACAGUAUUUUGUUAAAAAAAUUAUUAAUUUUAACAAAGUUAUAGAUAAUAUACAUAAAUACAUAUUUUAAUGAUGACGUGAACUGUUAAAUCGCUAACAAAGUUUAAAGUUAGUGUUGAACAUUAGAUAAAGUUCAAAUAAAUAAAUAAUGUUGUUGAGAUAAUGUAUUUAUUACGUGUAUGGCGGAAAGAAAGUCAUAAAACUAUGUAAACACUAGCUUAUAAUUAUUUUUACUUAAGUAAUUAAUUAUCCACAAUUAGUUUUUUUUAUUUUAAAACUCUAUUAAGUUUUAUAAUUCACUAACUAUUUAAAGGAUAUACUUACUUCCGUUCACUUUCAAAACAUCUUUCAAUUAUUAAAAACAAUCAUUAAUAAACUUCCCUGUAUUAUAAUGAAUGUGAGAUUUAUAUUUAUUAUGUGUAAAGCAAUGUAAUUAGCUAUUUGUAUAUUUCGCCGUUUUGCUGGUAUGCCUGUCAAAGUAGAACUGUCCAAUGGAUUAAAUUUUAGAAAACAAUAACAAAUCAAAAAUUGAAUUAAAUUUCACGAGCCGGAAAAUAUAAGUGCUUCAAAAUAUUAUUCAGGACUAUAGUUCACUAUAUUGAUCUGAAUAUUAAAAUUAAAUAAUAGCAAUUACUCGAAAUAGUUACUUUUACGACGAUUUAUUUGAAUUAUUUUAGUUGUUUUAUGUUUAGUCGAUUAGCGUUCAUUUUCCACAAUAAUGAUAAUAUAUGUAUAUUUUGAUACAAUUAAACUAAUCCACUGAAUAAAUCCCACCUAUUUAAUGAACAAAGUGACCAAUAUUAAGUAUAAGCCUUGCAAAUCUAUUUUGUAACUCGAGAGUAAAAUUAAUAUUUUCUGCGAAUAAAAUGUUCGGAAAAAAUUGAAUUUACUCUCUUGUUAAAUCACGUACUAUUUUCUAUGAUAUAAUAUUUUUUUUUAAUUGACAAUGAUUAUCGACGGAUAUUAAAGAAAUACUAUUUUUGAAAACUUCAAUUUUCUUUAAAUGAUGUAAUUUUAUGCAAACAAGUGAUACGGAAACAUGAUUGAGCGUAACCUUCCGUCAGUUGUAAAAAAUGUGUGUCGGAUAAUAUAUGUAUAAUUGAACU